AUGAGAUCUGGAGGACGUGGAGGAUAUGGAGGUUAUGGCGGAUAUGGAGGAGGAUGGGGAGGAUUGGGAGGAGUAAUAGGUGGAGGUUAUGGCGGAUAUGGAGGAUAUGGAGGUUAUGGAGGAUAUGGAGGAUAUGGAGGAGGAUGGGGAGGAUUAAGUGGAGGAGGAUGGGGAGGAUUAAGUGGAGGAUAUGGAGGAGGAUUGGUAGUAUUAAGUGGAGGAAAAGGAGGAGGAUGGGGAGGAUUUGGUGGAGGUGGCUUAGGGAAAGGAUACUGA